AUGCCGGCAACCAUCAAGAGCAUCGGCGUUGUCGGAGCCGGCAACAUGGGCUCCAUGAUGACCCUUCGCUUUGCGGAACUCGGUCUUCUAGUGUCAGUCUGGGAUAUCGAAAAGAAAAAUGUCGAUGAGGUACUGAAAUAUGCGAGAGAAGAUAAGGGCAUUACAGGCCGAGUCCAAGGCUUUUAUAACAUCAACGAAUUCGCCCAAAGUCUCGAGGGCAAGUCCGACCGGAAAUUAUUCAUGUUUUCCAUCACCCACGGCAAGCCCGCAGAUGAAGUUCUCCGCAUGCUCAAGCCCGAUCUGAAAGAGGGCGAUAUCAUCCUGGACGGCGGAAACGAGAACUACCGCAACACCGAGCGGCGCCAGAAAGAGUGCGCCGAUAUUGGCGUUUCCUGGAUCGGAAUGGGUGUUUCGGGUGGAUAUCAGUCCGCGCGACGAGGCCCUAGUCUGUCACCAGGUGGGGACGCCAAAGCGAUUGAGCGUGUUAUGCCAUUCCUAGAGUCAUAUGCCGCCAAGGAUCGCAAGACUGGGACGCCGUGCGUGAAGCGCAUGGGGCCCGGUGGAUCCGGACAUUACAUCAAGAUGGUUCACAACGGUAUUGAAGGUGGAAUGCUCUCGGUACUUGCGGAAACUUGGCAAUACAUGCAUGAUGGGCUGGGUAUGGAGCAUUGCAAGAUCGGGGAUGUCUUCGAUAGAUGGAAUGAAUCCGGCGAACUGAAAGGAAAUUUCUUGAUUCGUAUUGGUGCCAAGAUUCUACAUACGCGGAGAACUCCCCAGGGUGAUCGCAAGGGUGAAGGAGCGAAUCGGGAUGAUGGAUAUGUGCUUGACGAUGUGCUUGACAAGGUUGUUCAGGAUGACGAUGACACCGAAGGAACCCCGCUCUGGUGUCUCAUGGAGUCUGCAGCUCGUCAUGUCUCUUGUCCAACAUUAGCGGCUGCUCAUUACAUGCGAAUUGCGAGCGGAAACCGCCCUGAACGCGUUCGUGCUGCCAAAAAGAUGGAAAUGCCUAUGCCGAAACCAAUCGAGGGAAAGGGAGAUCACGCAAAGACCAUUGAGAACCUACGAAAAGCCGUGUACUGCUCAUUCCUAGCGUCCUUCUGCCAGGGGCUAGAGCUAAUUUCCCGUACCUCGAUGGAUGAGGGCUGGAAUGUCAAUUUGGGUGACUGUCUCCAAAUUUGGCGGGCGGGAUGUAUCAUUCAGUCUGAUCAUAUCGCGGAUCUUCUCCAGCCGCCACUCGCAGUCUCCAAUCAAUUGACUAACACCAAGUUCGUGGAUUCGGUCGCGCAUGAGCUGCACCAGAAUUUCCAGGCUCUCAAGCAUGUUGUAUUGGAGGGAACUAUGUUUGAUCAGUAUAUUCCAGCGCUCUCAGCCACGUUGGAAUACCUCAAGUAUGAGGGUGGACUGGGAUUGCCGACCAAGUUUAUGGAGGCACAGAUGGACUACUUCGGUUCUCACAAUUAUAACAAGCCAGGUAUUCCCGGCGAAGAUCCAGGACCAGUUCACAAGGGCCCUCAUCAUUAUGAGUGGUUGCCGGCUUAA